UCGUGUCUGUCGUAGUGCGAGUCUCCGUGUAUUAUAUUUUUUCAAGAUGCCGAAAGAAAAAUCGUCUUUAUCGAGUCGUCUUCGUAGUUAUGUGCAUGAAUUUGGCGAGAAUAUUUUUUCAACCGAUGGUCAAGUAAUACUGUGCAAAUUAUGUGAAGUAAAAGUUGGCCACGAUAAACGAUAUUCAAUUACACAACAUAUUAAAACUGAAAAGCAUUUAAAAUCUGUAAGUUUGAGCCAGACUAAAAAACAAAAUGUUCAAAGUUUACUCACUAAUAAAGUAUUGAAUAAAGAUCCAUUUUGUGUAGAUUUAUGCAAAGCACUAGUUUCGGCAAAUAUUCCGCUUAAAAAACUUAACGAUACACAUUUCAAAUCAUUUUUGGAAAAAUAUACUCUCAAAAAAAUACCCGAUGAAUCAACAAUUCGUAAAAAUUAUUUAAAUGAUUGCUAUAUUGAAACAAUGAAUAAAAUUCGUAAUAAAGUCGAAGGAAAAAAGGUGUGGUUGUCAAUAGACGAAACUACAGAUAUUGAAGGGCGAUAUGUCGCCAAUGUCAUCAUCGGAACAUUAGAAUCUGAUGGUCCAGGUACAACGAUGUUAUUAAAUUCUGAAGUUUUGGACAAGGCAAAUAACUCCACUAUUUCACAAACUAUUUGAAAAAUCUCUACAUUUAUUGUGGCCUGAAGGUAUACAACAUGAUUCUGUACUGUUAUUUUUGAGUGAUGCUGCGCCGUACAUGGUAAAAGCAGCCGGUGCAAUCAAGGCAUUUUACUCUAAAAUAAUCCAUGUUACUUGCUUAGCUCAUGGAUUACAUCUUACAGCUGAAGAAGUAAGGAAAUGUUUUCCAAAUGUAGACAAACUUAUAUCAAAUGUAAAAAAAUUUUUUUUAAAAUCUCCUUAUCGCGUUGCUUUUUUUAAAAAUGAAGCACCUGGUCUGCCUUUACCGCCAGAACCGAUCAUCACUCGUUGGGGGACAUGGCUAAACGCUGCUAUAUACUAUUGUGAAAACAUAGACCAAAUUCGUAGUAUUGUCAAGCAGUUAAACCCAGAUGAUGCAAUUUCAAUACAAAUGGCCCAAGAUGUUUUAGCGGACAAAUCAUUGGAUGCGAAUUUAAUAUAUAUAAAAUCUAAUUUUGGAUUUUUACCCGAAACAAUUAAAUGUCUAGAAAAAUCGGGAGUUCCUUUGAAUGAUGCUAUCACUUUGAUUGAAAACACAAAAAUAUCUCUUCAAAAAUGUAACGGACAAAAAGGUAAAUCUGUUUAUGAAAAAUUUAAAAAAAUUUUAUCAAAAAACGAAGGCUUCGAUACACUAAGUAAAAUAUCAAAAAUUUUAAAUGGAAAAAGUGAAUCAAUUGAACUCGGCGAAGAUUUAUCCCCAAAUGAUAUGACAUUUUUUAAAUACGCACCAAUUACUUCAACAGAUGUAGAGCGGUCAUUUUCGAGGUAUAAAAAUUUAUUGACUGACAAACGUAGAUCAAUGUUAUUUGAAAAUAUUGCUAAAAUAAUUGUCAUACAGUGCAAUUCAAAUUUAGAUUAAAACUCAAAAAAAUGGCCAGGAAAUCAAGGAAUCAGGAAAUUAAAAAAAAUUAUUUUUACAACAAAUGUAAUCAUUUAAAUUAAUUAUUAUAAUAAUAA